UGGAGCGCGCAGGCGCAGUGGCGGCGCGGGGCGGCCCUUCCCGGCUGCCUCAGCGGCCGGCUGAUGGCGGCGGCGGCGCGGUGACGGUUCUAAAUUGAAGAGAAAAUGUCACUUUAUGAUGACUUGGGAGUGGAGACCAGCGAUUCUAAAACAGAAGGCUGGUCCAAAAAUUUCAAACUACUACAGUCUCAGUUGCAGGUGAAGAAAGCAGCUCUUACACAAGCUAAGAGUCAAAGAACAAAACAAACAACAGUCCUUGCUCCAGUGAUUGACCUGAAACGAGGUAGUUCUUCUGAUGAAAGACAGAUUGUGGACACACCACCUCAUGUAGCAGCUGGGUUAAAGGAUCCUGUGCCUAGUGGUUUUUCUGCGGGAGAUGUGUUGAUUCCUUUGGCAGACGAGUAUGAUCCUAUGUUUCCAAACGACUAUGAGAAAGUGGUAAAACGUCAGAGAGAGGAGCGACAGAGGCAGCGUGAGCUGGAGAGGCAAAAGGAGAUUGAAGAAAGAGAAAAAAGACGUAAAGACAGACAUGAGGCCAGUGGGUUUUCAAGAAGACCAGAUCCGGAUUCUGACGAAGAUGAAGAUUAUGAAAGGGAGAGACGAAAAAGAAGUAUGGGAGGAGCUGCCAUUGCACCACCCACUUCUCUUGUUGAGAAGGACAAAGAACCUGUUGCAUCAUUUCCAUAUGAAGAGGAGUCAAGACCUCGGGCACCAUCCUCCAAAGCAGCUAUUCCUCCUCCAGUGUAUGAUGAGCCUGAAAGACCUCGUUCCCCCACAGGACCUAGCAACUCCUUCCUUGCUAACAUGGGAGGGACUGUGGCUCACAAAAUCAUGCAGAAGUAUGGUUUCAGAGAGGGCCAAGGGCUGGGAAAGCAUGAACAGGGACUGAGCACAGCACUGUCAGUAGAGAAAACAAGCAAGAGAGGUGGCAAGAUCAUUGUUGGUGAAUCUACAGAGAAAGAAACAGGCAAGAAAGCAGAUUCUAACCCACUGACUGAGAUACUGAAAUGCCCAACUAAAGUGGUCUUACUAAGGAACAUGGUCGGUGCUGGGGAGGUGGAUGAAGAUCUUGAAGUAGAAACUAAGGAGGAAUGCGAGAAAUACGGCAAGGUUGGGAAAUGUGUCAUCUUUGAGAUUCCUGGUGCCCCUGAUGAUGAAGCUGUAAGAAUAUUUUUAGAGUUUGAACGGGUUGAAUCUGCCAUCAAAGCUGUUGUGGAUCUAAAUGGCAGAUACUUCGGAGGCAGAGUGGUGAAGGCUUGUUUCUACAACCUGGACAAGUUCAGAGUACUGGAUCUGGCAGAGCAAGUUUGAUUUUAAAAACCUAGCUGGAGGUGUCACUGUUUUGGCAAUCACGUUUUCAGCGGUAGGCUGGGACUAAAGAAGAGCAAAGCAGCUUUCCUAGCAAACUGGAAACAAGCCUCAUUGAAUGGAUUUUUCACAUUCGUUGUGACUUAACAUUUUUUUGUAAUAUAAAGCCCUUUGAAAGUAAAAUUCACGUCUGUGUGGUUUUGACUUGCACAACUCUGCUUCAUGCUCUAGGGAUCCUGGGGUUUGGGGUUUUUGUUUGAGCUUUCAGAUGACUUUUGUCAAGGAGAUGCUUUGUCUGUAUUCCUGCCUUCCUUGUUCUGGUGCUUCAUCAUGGAGAGUCCCUGUGCUGCAUCCACAAUGAGUUGGAAGCUUUGGAAAAGAACUAUGUAUUAUUUACUUCUCUUCCCUGAUGGUCUCUCUCAGAGUUACAGCCUUGCUCUUCUAAGUCCUCAGUCCCUGCAUGCCAGUGUGAUUUGGGGUUGUCGGACAGCUGGCAGAUAGUUUGUUCUCUCCUGACUCCAGGACAAUACUUUCUGUGCUAGAAUGGAGACUAAAGCAACAAGGAAUGAAUCCUUCUUUAAAAAACAAAAAAAGACAAAGCCCUCCAACCAAGCAUUUAACCCACAGAGACGGGAGCAGGAAGGAGUUGAAAAUGCUCAGCCAUUGAAUCAGAAUUAAGGGGCUGUUAGCAGGAGCCCUGUGCUGUUGCACAGGCUUUGCUAGAAGUAUCCAGGGUUAAGAGAUGACAACUCCCUAAUGAAAUGCUCUAGGUAGAACUGAGGAAGACUUUCUUGUGUCUGGCCAGCUGUCAGACUGUCACAUCACACAAAGGCAACCAACUUCUUGUUUAGCUGAUUCAAACCUGACACUUGCUCCCAUCCAGAUUAGGUGGGUGGGUUUUUUUCAGAGAAGAAAUGCCAGUGGAAGUUUCCCAAGUAAGAAGUGAUGGAAAAAGGUUCUCUUGUGAAAACCUGAAGUGUUGACAAACUAAGCUACUAAACACUGCGACUCUUUUAUCUGAUGUAAAAUAAUACAUAGCACUCUGCUUCCAGAUGUCAUGUUUGCUUUAUCUUUGGGAGCAGUAUGUGACAAAGGGUUGGCAAGAGGUGGCUGUGGACUGAUGCCACUGUCCCUGUGCUCCCACCACAUGUAUUAAAAUGGAAGUGACCCCUGAGGGCGUUUAAGCUGUUUGAAAGCUGAUGCUGAAUGUCUUUUUCCUGGUUUACACAUGUAUUGGGGGGGAGAGGGUAUAGACCUGUAGUUGCUCAACGCUGUGAAUAUCUCCAGUUGUUACCCAUUAAGUGUUGGCUGCAGAUCUAUAUAACAAACCCUUGGUCUUGUGUUUUGCUUAUUUUGUCUGCUGGUGUUCACCAACCUCUGUACAAACACUUGGCUUGUAAAAGAGAAAACAGUUUUUAAAGAAAACCUUGUAUUUUA